AUGUCAAAACAUCGAAAUGAUCAUUUUAAAGAUAAUUCAGAUCCUGUCGAUGAUGGUGAUGAUGAACUUACCAAUGAAGAUGACGAUGAUGAUCAUAUCUCUGUAGAUUCAAUCGUACAAAAAAGAAAAUCAAGACAUCUCAACAAUAGAAAUAGUAGUAGUAAUAACAAGAAUAAACAUGAUAAAAAUAAUAACAAAAUUAAUAUCGAUAAUAAAUUUAAUAGUAGAAAUCUUGGUAUAUUUGAAUAUCUAAAAACAGAGGUUGAAUCUUUAGGUUCUAUUGUAGCUGAUAUAGUAUUAGAUUUCUUUAAAAAUACAAAGUUUGUUAUUUUACUAUCGAUACUAGUUCAUUUUGCAGCCAUCUAUCUUUUAUUUACAUUGCCAACAAUGGGCUCAAAUACUUAUGUUUCAGAAAAGAAUCUUCAAUGUACAGUUAAACCAUUUAUUACUUCUGAUUUCUCAGAAAAUGCAAUCGAAUAUGCCAAUCAAUUUAAUACUAUAUUUCCAUCUAGUAGAUCAGUUGGUAGUAUAAAUAAUAUAAAUAGUGCAAUGUGGAUAAGAGACGAGAUUGAAAAGAUGGGUGUAGAAACACAGCUACAUUAUUUCAAUAGUUCAUUUGGCAAUGUUGGAGUGAAUGUUAUCGGUGUGAAUAGGGCACCAAGAUCACUUGGAACAGAGUGUUUUGUUCUGACAACAUCGUUUGACCAGUGGCACAGUGGUGGUUCAGUUGGAUUCUUACUGGCAUUCCUCAGCUAUCUACAAACCACAUCGUGGCAAGCGAGAGAUGUUUUGUUUGUAUUUACAAGUGAAGGUGGUGAGAGUAAUGGUGGCUCGAUGAUGGACAUAAGUGGUAUCUCUGUUUGGUUGAAUGACUACAAUCAGCCGCCCAUAGGUUGGACAGGUUCUGGUGCACCGCUGCUGCGUGCCGGUCAAAUCUACGGAGCAAUUUCACUCGAUCGCAUUGGAAAUAAGAUUAUGGAGAAAUUAGUAAUAUACCCCGAGGGACUGAGCGGAGCACUCUCGAAUCUCGAUAUCAUCAAUGUUGUCACUACCACUUCGUAUCUCAAUGAGAUACCCGCUGGAAUAAUCACUCAGUUUGGCGAGGAGGAUGACGACGGUUCUGUCAAUGGACUUCUAGUAUUCAUGUGGAAUUCAGCACUUUCAAUGCCACGUUCCAAUCACGCUAUCUUUACUCGCUAUGGUAUCAACGCUGUUGGUGUCAGUACCUAUUCUAAUCACACUGUUUGGGAUAUGGAUUUCUUAAAUAAUCCACUUCAUAAAGAAUAUAAUAGAAUUGGAAAUGAUGAUUUUAUAAAUCUUAGUAAUGAAACUAUGUAUAAUAUGGGAAAGAUUAUUGAAACAUCAUUGAGACAUCUACAUAAUGCUGAUGAACAGUUACAUCAGAGUUUCACAUGGUAUAUGAUGGCAGGUGCCGUUUUCUUUAUUGAUUUGGGACAGGCCUUGUUACCUCUUAUAGUUUUUUCAGCAUCGUUGGGAUUGAUAUUGAUUUCUAUGAUGGCUUCGUUUGAUGGUCUCAACUACAGUGUAAUCUAUUCAUUACCAUGGACAUUUUCACUUAUUACAUUCUGUUUGAUGGAACUUCAACUACCUAAAAUAUUUUCGAAACUUCAUUUGAUACCAUCAAACAAAAAUUUAAUUCCAGCAAAUUUACAAACAACAGGAAUACUCAGUGGAUAUACUAUUGAAGAUCAAAUUAUUAUAGUUGCAGCUCUAUAUAUUUUAGCAUGUAUUUUAUUUUACUUUACAAUUCUAUUGCCACUAUCGAAUUACCUGACAUCAAUCGUUUCAAAGUUUAAUGGUAAACCAAAGAAUCAAUGGGCUGGAUUACAUUCCAUUCUUAUUGCUUACUACUCUUUAUUAAGUUUAAUGGGAAUGAUGUUAAAUAAUCAGUUCUCAUGUCUAUUUAUUGUCAUUUCGAUACCAACAUUACACUUUACAACCUAUAUACUGAUAAAGAGAUCAUCUGUAUUCAUUAGAUCACUCUGGAUGGUAUUGUGUCUGCUGUCACAUCCAUUAUUUUUGGUAUUUGAAUGGUGGGGAACUAGUUCUGUUGGCUGGAAGCGAACAUUCAUUGGAAUAAUCAUUGGUAAUGAAUGGGGAUUCCUCUUUUGGCCAUACUUUAUAUUAUUACUACAACCAAUGUGGUUGGGAAUGUUUAAAUUACUAUUCCUAACGCCACCAAAUGAUGAACAACAACAACAGGAGAAACACAAUGCUUAUAAGCAUCAUAAAUCAAAUAAACUAAAACAUAAAUAA